CCAGUGCGUUGGACAGCAAUUGCAUCCUCGAUGUGAGCAAUAGCGAGCAGACGUCAGAUUCGGGUGAUCUCGAUCUGGACAAUUACGUGGAGCUAAAUGACUCCGAUUACGACACUGAUCUGGAGAUGGACGACGAUAGUUCCAUUAUAUCGGACGCUGUUCUUUCAGAAUUGAAGGUUAUUAUAUACUCUAGCCCAAAUAUAGGCCUACCUCAGGACGGCAGGUGAAGGCGGCGAGCAGGAUUCGAACUGGGACCAUCGAGACGAUAGUCCAGAGGGAAUACCGCAUCAAGUAGCCAUAUUGAAAUUUAACAUUGAAUAUUUAUUUGUACUCGUAUUGGGAAUAAAAAGAAAGGCCUGUUGUGUCUGUGUUUCUGAAAUGUUUGUUAAGUGACACCUGUUUGCUCUUACAAGCUUACAAUGACUUACAUCAUAUGUAUGUGUGUGUGUGUGUGUGCAGUAAUUGUGUAAAUGUAUAUUGAGAUUAUACUAGUAGAUCUACGAUCAUGUUCAAAUGAUUUAGGUUUGUACCCAGAGUCGAGGAGCAAUGGGAAGGGGGGGGGGGGUUGAAAGGGGUAGGUUAUUCAAUUUUCACAGAGCACAUUAUAGCCCCGAUUGCUAAAUUGAUUGUCAGAAAUAUGCAAUCAUUAGUUAAAGUCAGUAUUGAUUUGUCGCCUACAAAAGCCUUUGUGAAAUACUUUUUGGCACUAAAAAAAAACGAAAAAGAGAGGGGUAAGCGUCCUUUAAAAACACGCUAGUCAUGCUUGAUUGAGUCGAAGUAUUUUUCCCCCUCUAAUUAAUUAUCCUUUGAUAUAGUACACUAGCAACAUUAACGAAAAAGGGAGCUUUAUUCACAACAUGUGUCUAUAGUAAAUAUUAUGUCACAUUUGUCGGUUAGUUCACUUUGGAAUGAAAUACUGCUAUUUGUUUCUAAUCUAGGGAUAGUAGUGAAUGGGACACUUUAUGCUACAUUGGUUUUCGAAAUAGUUAAGCCUUAGAUAAAUGAAUAGCAUCUCUUUUAAUUAAAAUAUAGAAUAGUUAUAAAAAAAAAACAAUGGACAACUAAAUCAAAGAUACCGAUACUAAGGGCGUAUCUUGUUGAUGUAAAUGACAGUCAUUAGCGUCCCUUUAAAUGUCUCACAUCUCUAGUGUUAUAGAAUACGUGUACCCCGAAAAAUAUGACCACGACAUCACAGGGCAUCGGCGGUACAUUCAGGCAUGCCAGGAGUUUGGCGUCCAGCCUAUUCGCUAUUUUCUAGAACACAUGCAAGACGACAGUCUUUCACUCAAGUAUCAAGGAUUGGGCCCUGAUGCAAUGAAAGCACUUGCUGCCCCUUUAGAGAUUAACACUACAAUAGAAUUUCUGGACCUAGAAGGUAACUGGAUUAUGGGAGAAGGAGCUUGCUAUUUAUGUCGUGUUCUGAAAGAGAAUGUCUUUGUCUCUCAUCUGAAUUUAUCAGACAAUCGGCUUGGAUAUAAUGGAGCGGCAGCAGUUUGUCAACUGUUAAUGGUUAAUAAAACAAUCGAAAAACUCAAUUUAUCAGGAAAUAAUAUUGGUGAUCAGGCUGGAGAGUUGUUUCAUUCUGUGCUGACGAAAAGUAACUCCACGCUGAGAAGUUUAAAUCUAAGUCACAACAGGCUGGAAGAUGGAGCUGCUCUGUGGCUGAAAAACGCUAUGAUAGAGAAUGAGACACUGGAACAUCUGGACAUCAGCUGGAAUCAUUUCCAAAACAAAGGCUGUGUGCUUAUAGCACAAGGGCUCAAAGAAAAUGUUGGCUUAAAAGAGCUUGCUGUCGCCAUGAAUGGGUUUGGUGCUGAAGGGGGUAAAACUUUGGGAGAUGCUCUGAAAGUGAACAGAACUCUACAGAAACUAGACGCUAGCUAUUGUCGCUUGCCCACAGAAUGUAUUGGUUCUAUUGCACAUGGAUUAAUGCAUAACGAUCACCUGAAAAUAAUCGACCUCUCGUACAAUUGUUUUAGAGCCGAAGAAACUUUAGAGUUGCUGAAAGGAAUAGAGAAAAACGAAGCCUCGCAACUAUCUCUUCUUCAUCUGGGAAAUACACAAGUAGAGGCUAAAUUCAAAGAUCUUCAAGACAAGCUGAGAAAAGAAAGAAGACUUGAGGUCAUACAUGGAGGCAUCCUUGAUGAUUACAGAAUGGAAAUAACUGAGAUGGAUCCAAUGGAGAUAUUUAGAAGAGAUCCAUUUACCAAGUUAAAAGAAUGGGUUGCUAAAGCUGGAUACCGACUAAUAGACUUGCUAAGACACUUUGACAAAGACCAGAGCAUGACUAUCUCAACAGAGGAAUUCAGAAGGGGCAUUGCUUCAACGGCUAUCUCUAUCACUGAAGAGCAACUCCAGAUUUUGAUAGACAGGUUGGAUAAUGACGGAGAUGGAGAGAUUGAUUUUAGUGAACUUGUGGAAGGUGAUCGACAGCACAGAAAAGCAAAAAGAGACGUUUUGGCAGAGAUGGAAAGAAGAGCUAGUCAAGGGAAAUGACAUGGUUAACUUUAACAGACUAUCAUAACUUAUUGCAAUGCAUUGGAUCAUACAUACAUAUCAUUAUGUACACAUGUUUACGAUAAAUUGGCUACAGAUUUUAAAAUAUCUGAGAGUUAUUAAGAUUCGAAAUUUCACUGAAUCAGGCACUUCAGUAGCAGGGCCGGCCUUAACAAGUGAAAUGGUUUGCGCGGGGCCCACUCUGAGUAGGGAUAAGGAUGAUAAGUUAAAAUUAAGAUUUUGUAUUUGAAAUGAAAUUCGUCUUUAUAUUUUAUUCAUUUCUUACUAAGUACAAAAUCGAUCAAAUUUUACGAGCCUUGUAUGCAGCGAAGGCAUACAGUAUGGCCUAUAGCAUCAAAAUUCUGUUUCCUACAUAGAUCACGCUCAAUAGCAAGAAUUGCCAAAUUGUUCAAUCUAUCUUCGUGAAUUGUUGACCUCAAGUAAUUCUUGAUUGAGGCCCGAGAAGCUUCUUCCACCAGAUGCCACAGUAUUGUUAAAAAUACUCUUCAACAAUGUAGUUUGGGAAAGCAGUGUAUCUUUUAUUAGUGGACAGAUACGUUAAAAUUUCUACCGAGGUUUAGGCAGAAUAUUCCUUAAAGAUGAACACUGUCUAUUUUUCAGGAGACUUUUAUGGGUUUUCAGGUGAUUUUAGUAAUUACAGAUUUCCAGGAGCAUCUGGAAAAUCAGGAAGCCUCAGGAACUCCGUUAUAAUGGUUUAAUUUAAUAAUUUACACCUAGAAUUAGUACAAGGCCUACUGUGGUAGCAUGGGUUGCAGUGGCCUAAUGCUGGCCCUGUUCAGUGGUACAACAAAAAAAAAACGGCUAUUUUUCUGACAAACAGGGACAAAAAUCUAUGCAUUCUAGUCUACAAUAAAGCUCAAAAUAGACCAUCUUAUAAAAAGUAUUUAGUCUCAUACCAGAAAAAUAAUAUUUUUUUUUAUAAGCACUAAGCUGUAAACUGUUGUAUUUUUUUAAACAGAAUGUAUUUAUGAUGUACAUUUGAAAAUGUUAAUUUAAAUCCUCCUUACAUUGCACUAGUUUUCAGCACAAUGGAAAUAUAUUUUUAUAGUAUUGCAAUAGGCUAAGUUUUAUAAAGUUAUUAUUGAAUUAUUUUAUUUUAAUCAUAAUUAAUAAAGGGCUUAUUAAAUAUAAUAUUGUUUCCUUUUUUUUUGAAAUAUUAAACAGAACUUGUAACAAGCAAGCAUGAUAAAACACUGGAAAAGUCUAGAUUUUUUUUUCUUUAUUACUCUUAUUUGAGUAUCAAGGUCAUUGGAAUGAUACCAAAACAUACAUUUACAGAUUUAGUAAUGAAACUUUAUUUUCUUGAAAACAUUGGCGUAAAAGUAAAAUCUUAACACAGUAAACCAUAAUAAAAAACAAUUACAAAAUGUAAUGUAUAAAAAAACACAAAUGAAACAUUUUUUUUUCAUAAUUUUAAAGAAAUUUGUUUUUUUUAACUUCCAUACUUUAUUUUGUAACUUACUAAUCACUGCCUGUACUGAAUUACUAAAAAUAGUUUUUGACGGUAUUCAUAAUUCUAAUGACACCCUACUCAAGUUGUGUUUACUGAGCGCCUAAAGGCAGCAUCGAAAAACCUUCUUCCAGAUACCACUUCCCCCCCAGUGGUCAACAAAUAAGACUGGACCAUAGCGCUCUGAAUAUGCUAUAAGCAUGAAAGUAGCGCUAUAUAAAAGCUAUAAAUUUAUUUCUUUCCCAUAAAGCCUGUUUUAAUGAGCCAAAAUAAUAUAAUUUAAAUAGAACUUUAUUUUUAGUAGAUUUAUCUUGAUACAUACAAAUAAGGUGGAAUCCAAUACUUGGUAUUUUCCAAAGUACAGGAUAAUAUAUUAGUUCCUAAUGAUUAUAAACUCACAAUUCAUAAUUAACAAUAACCAAUAAAAUAAUACAUUUACAAAGGUGAUUUGGUCUUUUCACCCCUUCUAUUCAUAAAUAGAUGACUUAGGAAUCAUUUUCUCACCAUCAUUCAUUAGGCACAACUUUCGCUGCUAAACUGACAAACUGAAGUGAGAAUUCUGGUGAGAUUCUGAUGACAGAAUGUUAGGAUAUUCCUGAGUCUAAUCUAAGGGUUUCUAACAUUGAUAUGGGUAAAGUUAAGGUUACUGAAUGUUAUGCAGGCUUCAUGACACUUUGUUAACUAUUAUACUGCCUUCCCUCAAAAUAAGAAAAUUACAGAAUCAAGUUACUAAAAUCAUGUACAAAAUGAUACAAAAAAAUUGUUUUCUUGAGAUGAUUUCAAUUACCUAAAAUGUGUGAAAAAAAGUAAUUAGGCAAAUUUAAUAAUGUAAUGCAAUCUUUUUUAGUUUCUUUCAACAAAAUUGCUUUGUUUUAAUUUCUUUUUACAAUUCAUCUUAUCUUGCAAAAUUUGGGUGUGUGGGUGGACACAGAUCUCAAAAAAGGCUCUAAUGAUUUUUUUUUAGAAAUUUUACUAUUUAUGUAUUAUCCAUGGAAAAAUAUUACCAUACUAGCUAAUUUGCCACACAUAGAAAACUGUGGUUUGACUUGUAAUGUUUAAAAAUAUAAUUAUCUUAAAAUUAAAUAUGGUCUAUUUUGCAUCAGUAGGAAUUCCAGCAUGCAAUUAAUUUGUGACAAUAAACAUAUGUAUAUAAUACUUAUAGAAUUUAUUAAUACACAAUAUCAAUACUAUAUCUUUACUAGAUGCAGUAUUUUAAACACUGUCUUUUAAUGUUUCCAUAUAAAGAGUAAAGUAAUCUCUGUUACAAACAUUUUUCAGCUUCAUAAAGGAGGAAAUAUCUUUUAAUUUUUGUUUAAUGUUACUUUUUAAAAACUAUACAGAUAUAAGAAGAUAUAUUUUACAUUGUUAAUCAACCUCAAAACCCAUAUAUGACCUAAUUUUCACAUUAUUUUACUUAAAGCUAGAUUUCCAUGUUCAAGACUUCCGUACUGCUGCUUGGAUCAUCACCACUUGAAGUUUACAGAACUGAAAAUGAGCAUUAUAUCAGAUUACAUCAAUUAAAACACAAAUCUAAAUAUAGCCCAUACACAAAAUAAAGCUUUAUAUGGUUUGGAUGGAAUCAGCAUUAGAAAAUAAAAAUAACUAAACAUGUCAGCACAAAUGACAAACUUGGACCAUAAUGAAAACAUCAGUCAAGUAUUUUAUAUAAAAAAAAUGUAAACAGUGAUAAGCAGUUAAAUUUAACAUUUAAGUUUUAAAUGUAGGUUAACAUCAUAAAAAGAAAUAAGAAAAACUAGACUAGAUCACUCCAUAAAGAGCACAACAGUAAUGUAAAAUAAAUUUAUUAAAUGCCAUCAUGAAAAAACAUGUUUUCUGUACUUGUGUAUAAAAAAGUUAUAGUGUUUGGGUCAUUAAAAUUGAUCAUAUUUUUUAAGCUUAUAAUUAAACAAUACUGGUACUAAUAAAUUAAAAAUGUUUAAAACAGCUUCUAAUAUUUCUCCCUUACAGGAUUUGGCAAAAUUAUGAUAAAACAAUAUAUUGGUUAAGUGUAGACGCUAUUCACAAAAAAAAAAACAUUUCUUAUCUAACAUAUAUAAAAAGGCACUAUCUUCAUUACUUGCCAGGUACAGAUGCAUCUUUCAUGAUUUACCCUGGUCUUUGAAAAUAUUUAGAUAAAAAAAUGGCAGGUUUGGAUUUAAAAUUUCAACAACUUAAUGUAAAUCUUACAACAAGAUAUCAUCAUGUGUCUAUUACAAAAUAAUAGAAGUAUUAUAAAAAUGGUAUAAAACUUUAAACAAAAUACAUAAAUAUUUCUACUAUUGCUAAUACAGAUCACAACAAUAUUUACCGAGUUUGUUUAAAAAAAACAACAAAAAAAAAACAACAACAACAUCUUUUUAGUUGUACAAUCUUUUGUUAAAUUAAUAUCACAGACUUUAAGCAAUCUAAAAAAGUAAUGUACCAAUAAAUAAUUAUUCAUUAUUCUUAAAAACAAA